AGAGCUACGGACUACAUUUCCCACAAUGCACCGAGGAGCGGGCUGGGACUGGCCAAGCGGCUGAAACCGGGCCUCCGCCACCAGAGGCCGGUGAAAGCUGUCUUCCUGCGCCGGUGGCCGGUUAAGGGUCGGACACGAGAGAUCGGUUCCUCCGCUGUGGCCAUGUCGGUAUCCUCCAGGGGCGGUAGCCCCACGAAGUUGCACCCUCAGCCCAGGCACGGCUGGACGUUCAUAGCCCCCCAGGGGUCUGGCAGAGGGCAGUGACUGGCACUCUCGGUGGGUCCUGUGUUCCCCCAAGAAACAGAGGGAGUUGUGUGAGUGCAGUACCUGAAGAGGCCAGAAGAGGGCACUGGAUCCACCGGAGCUGGAGUUACAGGCGGUUGUGAAUUGGGGUGCUGUGAAUCAAGCCCAAGGAUACUCUAAGAGAAGUUGGCUUCAAACUCAUUAUAUAGUUGAGGACAUUGAGCUUGUGAUCAUCCUCACCUCCACUUCCCAAGAGUGGAGAUUGCAGGACAGCCCAAAAGAUGGCUGCUGACAUGCAGAGGAAGAGAAGCAGCGAAUGCCCUGAUGGCACAUUGGCUCCUUCCGAUGGCCAAAGUGUGGAGAGAGCUGAGAGCCCCACGCCAGGACUGACCCAGGGAACAGAGCCAGGUGCAGGGCAGGAGGGCGCCAUGUUUGUUCAUGCCCGUUCCUACGAAGACCUGACAGAGUCAGAAGACAGGGAAGCUUCUGGGGACAGCCCCAAAGAGUAUGCUGGGAGUCCCCCCCCACUGCCUACAGACAUGCGCCAGAUCAGCCAGGACUUCAGCGAGCUAAGCACCCAGCUGACGGGUGUGGCCCGUGACCUGCAGGAGGAAAUGCUGCCAGGAAGCUCUGAAGACUGGCUGGAGCCCCAGGGGGCAGCUGGCCGACCAGCCGCAGAGCCUUCGCAGGAAGGCUCAACUGAUGGGGAGGAGGAGGAGGACGCGACGGAGGCAUGGCGCCUCCACCAGAAGCACGUGUUUGUACUGAGUGAGGCAGGGAAGCCUGUGUAUUCUCGCUAUGGGUCUGAGGAAGCGCUUUCCAGCACUAUGGGUGUCAUGGUUGCCCUGGUAUCCUUCUUGGAGGCAGACAAGAAUGCCAUCCGCUCCAUCCAUGCAGAUGGCUACAAGGUAGUAUUCGUGCGCCGGAGCCCUCUGGUGCUGGUGGCGGUGGCCCGGACGCGGCAGUCGGCCCAGGAGCUGGCACAGGAGCUACUGUACAUCUACUACCAGAUCCUGAGCCUCCUCACUGGCGCGCAGUUAAGCCACAUCUUCCAGCAGAAGCAGAACUACGACCUGCGGCGCCUGCUCUCAGGCUCGGAGCGGAUCACCGAUAACCUGCUGCAGCUAAUGGCUCGAGACCCCAGUUUCCUGAUGGGCGCGGCGCGGUGCUUGCCCUUGGCAGCGGCAGUGCGGGACACGGUGAGUGCCAGCCUGCAGCAGGCGCGUGCUCGCAGCCUGGUCUUUUCCAUUCUGCUGGCCCGCAACCAGCUGGUGGCGCUGGUGCGCCGCAAGGACCAAUUCCUGCAUCCCAUCGACCUGCACCUGCUUUUCAACCUCAUUAGUUCCUCCUCAUCCUUCCGUGAGGGCGAGGCAUGGACCCCCGUGUGCCUGCCAAAGUUCAAUGCAGCCGGCUUCUUCCACGCGCACAUCUCUUAUCUAGAACCUGACACCGACCUCUGCCUGCUGCUGGUGUCUACCGACCGUGAGGACUUCUUCGCAGUCUCGGACUGCCGCCGCCGCUUCCAGGAACGCCUUCGAAAGCGGGGAGCCCACUUGGCCCUGCGGGAGGCGCUGCGCACACCCUACUACAGCGUAGCCCAAGUGGGCAUCCCCGACCUUCGCCACUUCCUUUAUAAGUCAAAGAGCUCGGGACUCUUCACCAGUCCUGAGAUUGAGGCCCCGUACACCAGUGAAGAGGAGCAGGAGCGGCUGCUGGGCCUCUACCAGUACCUGCACAGCCGUGCUCACAACGCCUCUCGCCCACUCAAGACCAUCUACUAUACAGGCCCCAAUGAGAACCUCCUAGCCUGGGUGACAGGUGCCUUUGAGCUCUACAUGUGCUACAGCCCACUGGGAACCAAGGCAUCAGCGGUCAGUGCCAUCCAUAAGCUGAUGCGCUGGAUCCGUAAAGAGGAAGACCGGCUCUUCAUCCUCACACCCCUCACCUACUGAUGGAAGGGGGAAGGCACACUGGGCGUGGGAAGCCAUGGGAGCCUCCAGGUGAGGCUGGCUUCUCCUGCCCAGCCAGCAGGCAGGGACUGUGGGUUGGUGCGUGCAUUAAAGUGCUUUGGGAAAGACA